AUGACGACGACGGCCAUGGCCACGGCCAUGGCAGCAGCGACAGCACCCUUGACGAGCACGAUAUGCGCGGGCGGAGCGGCGGCGAUGACGACACUGCCCGUAAACGCGGUGCUGUACCUGGGCGACGGGUGGGAACCGUACACGCUGACGCAGCAGGGCGUGUACGAGGUGCCGGCGUGCCGGACGCUGGCGGUGCGGGACUCUCCGCCGACGUCAUCGACGACGACGUCGACGCCGCUGGCGGACUCCAGUCUGAGCUCGUCCGACGACGACGACUCGCACCACUUCUCAGACUUCCGGAACCCGUUCUACGCGACGCAGUUCCCGAUGUGCUACGCGCUGGCGGCGACGACGAUAACGGCGUACAUGCUCGUCAUCAUCCUGUUCGUGACGCCGCGGACGUUCGUCGACGGCGGGACGCUGCGGCUGGGCGGGCGAGGCGCGCUGACGGGCCGGGGCACGGGGUCGGACAAGAUCGGCGGCCGGCCGUGGCUGCAGAAGGUGGCGGCCCUGACGGUGGCCAUCUCUCUGACGGUGGCGACGGCAGACACCUUCCGCGUGGCCCAGCAGCAGUACUCGUGGGGCAUACAGAACGCCAAGUCGAUGCAGCAGGAGGUCAUCGGCAGCAACGAGCUCAAGGCCAUCCGACUCAUCUCCGACACCUUCCUCUGGCUGGCGCAGGCGCAGACGCUGAUCCGCAUCUUCCCCCGCCAGAGGGAGAAGGUCCUCAUCAAGUGGGUGGCCUUCGCGCUCAUCACCCUCGACGUCAUCUUCACCGCCCUCAACAGCUGGAAGUACUCGGACGACGGCGUGUCGGCCCCCUCCAACGACAACACCUUUGUCCACCCCGUCCCGGCCUUCAGCUACCUGUUCCAGCUGGCCCUGGGCAUCCUCUACGCCGUCUGGGUCCUCUACUACUCCCUCACCAAGCGCCGCUACGCCUUCUACCACCCGGCCAUGCGCAACAUCUGCGUCAUAGCCGUCCUGGCCAUCGGCUCCGUCAUCAUGCCCAUCGUCUUCUUCAUCCUCGACAUCUCCAAGCCCGGCUUCGCCGGCUGGGGAGACUACGUCCGCUGGGUCGGCGCCGCCGCCGCCAGCGUCGUCGUCUGGGAGUGGGUCGAGCGCAUAGAGGCCCUGGAGCGGGACGAGAAGAGGGACGGCAUCCUGGGGAGAGAGGUCUUUGACGGCGACGAUACGCUAGAGGUCAACGCCUCCGACUACCCCUGGCUGCGCAAGAAUGAUCACCGUGUCAGCGGGAGCGGCAGCCGCGACGACGACGGGGAAGACGGCGGCGGCGGCGGCGGCGGCAGCGGUCACCUGAUUCAGUCCGCAAAUAGAGGAAGCGGCGGCGGCGGCGGCGGCGGCGGCGGCGGUGGGCCCAGCGGCUCCUCAGCAUGGCCUCACAGCAUGUCGCCCGGUUACCAGAACGGGCCGCCGGACGGCUCUCAACGCAUCAUGGCCAUGUCCAACAUCCUGCGGCCGCACAUGUGGCCUUCGCGACCCGCGCCUGUGGCCACGCCCAUCAGCCGGACCGACACAGGCAGCGCGGCCAGCACCGUCUAUGCAGAUCUGCAAGAUCAGCAAGGCGACGAGUCGCCGUCGCCGCACGAGCACCCGAAGCACGAGUCAUCCCUCUCGCCGGGACGGACGCGCGCAUCGGGCAGCCGCUGGACCGUACGCGCCCGACUCGAGGUCUUCGCCGCCAACCAGGCGGAGCGGAUCCGCGAGAGGAUGCGUCCCACGACGGACACGGACAGCCUCCCCGUCACGAUCAUACCCGCACCGGCGAGGCAGGGCACCGCCCUCCAGCAGGUCCUCGAGGAGGAGGGCGAGGCCGGCGGCGGGGGCGCCGACGGCGACGUCGACGGUGCCCGGAGAAGGAGAAGGGCGAGGAGGGGGGGCAGCAGGAGCAGGAGUCGGAGCCCGAGCGGGAGCCACAACGACGGCGGCGGCACGUCCUCGCACAGAGGGUCGGUGGAGAUGGCGCAGCUGGAGGGGAGCAGGAGCCGGAGCGGCACGUCGCAUAGCGGGCCGGACGGUCUGCCGGCUGGGCAGCCGCCGCUGUGGCCGGGUGUGCAGUCGCGUCUGAUGUAUGGGGAUGACGAUUACUCGUCCUACGAUGGCGCUUCGGUCACGGAUACGCUGUCUACCGAGGAUGAGAGGAGAGAUGGCGAAGGGUCGAGGGCUUGA